UCCGACGGCUCCUCUUCCACCACCCAGUCGCCGGCCCAACCGAUGGCCCCUUUUCGAGGACGUGGCCGUCGCUUUUCCUUGUUCCUCCCCUCCUUUUCUCGACGACGGCUCCUCUGCUCCUCUCCUCUCCUCUCCCUCCGCGCUCGGCUCCUCCACUACCUGCUUGACUGCUUCCUCUGGCUUUAAUGCCUCCGCCUCCGGGCCACUGGCGCUAGAGCUUGGUGUCUCGCUGUGAGCGGCGUGGGCGGUAGUGCUGCUCGCGGUGGUUGGGAUGGGCGGAAUUGGCGAGGGGAGUGGAGGUUGAGGAAGCUGUUUGUGGAGCGCGCGUGUCUCUUUGUCGCCCACAGAUUAUUUCCUCCUGGGGAAUGAAUACUGGAGAGCGAGAGGGAGAGGGAUUUCGAGCUGUUGGGUCGGGACAGGGGGAGGAGCGGGCGCGGGGUGCUUUGAUCCAUUUGCGCCUGGGCUGGCAUCCUCGCUCGUCGUCGCGGCGCAGAUUGAGGAACGAGGUGGUCAGGUGGAGUGGUCGCUAGUCGCUACAUAGCUCGGUAGUCGGUACGAUCCGAUUCUGGUUCAACUGAAAGGCUGAGAGGUGCAGAGCACAACCGUGUGCUUGAAGCUUUUGCAACUAGCAUUGCAAGAUUGUGAGGAAAGGAAAAUCUGAUUCUAUACUUUGUACUUCAAUCAUGUCGGAGUGCACCGGGAGUAAAUGUAAGAAGAAAGAAGAUUUUCAAGUUCUUUUGAGCAAGAAAGAUCCUAGAGAGUCGUCUCAACACAAGCAUUACUUGUGGAUGGCUCACUGGACGAAAGCAAGCAGCAGUGCAGAACCCCUGAAGGUCAGCAAUCGUUUAGAGGAUGCCAACAAGGGCACUAGUACGAAAUUCAUGAAAUCUACAGUGGCUGAAAGGCUGAUGGUAGGAGUAAGUCAUGGAAGUGCCUCUGUGCAGCAUGCACAUCAAUUUAACUCUACUAUGUGGGGUGUGGCACAUAAUGUUUGCAAAGAACUGGGACAAAAGGGUAAUGAACAAUGUCAUGAGUCAUUUGAAAGAUCUAUGAAGCAGAAUGAUAUGAACUUACUUGCCCAGGCAGUAGUGUCAGAAACAUAUUCCAUUCGUAAGCUUUCAGAGUUACCAUUGGAUUUCCAGAAACUUGGGAGCUCAGAUGAUCCGAAUUCAGAUCGGAGCCACUUUCCUAUGUUUGAAAUUAAUCGACAAAUUGACAAAAUACUCAACCCAAAGUGUAGGUCUGCACUUGGUCCUGCAUCCCUGAAUGUAAAAAUGUCGGCUUCUCAUGUGAUGGCAUUGUCAUCACAGGAAUAUAGGAUGCAGUCUCAUCCGAUAGCUGAUGAGAACGUGGAUAUAUGCAAGCCUGCAGGAGGCACUGUAUCUCACCUAAAAGAUCCUACCAACCUCGGUACUGAUCCUUCAGGGCAAGAAUUAAAGGGACAUUUAUCGGAUACAAUGUCAUGUCCAUGCAACAAGGAUGAUAAUAACUCGUCAAAUUGUCUAAUAGAUGAGCAGCAGACAAGGCACUAUUUUGCAAACUCAAAUCAAAAUCCACCGUAUGCAUCUAGUGAAAAGAAGUCAAAGUAUGCAAGAAGCAACAAGAAUCAAAUUGCUGUUCAUAAACAACAAGAUGCUGCAGGAGUCAUGUUUUGUGCACCAGUACUUGGUAGAGAAUUUCAGAAUGAACCAAUAAAUUGUUCCAAUAACAGAAAGCAGGAUGGUGCUCUUGAGAUGUAUAAAUCUCACGGGAAUGUCGUUUCAAGUUCUUUGUUACCUUAUGAGCAGCAGCAUUUGAAAACACACAGAAUGGAAUCUGCAGCAAAUUUAAAAGACUCUUACAUGCCACCUGAUCCAAUCACGAAUAUAUUGAUAGCAAAUAGUAAUGGUGAGCCGCUGGCACAUGGUAAAGAGCCAACAGAAAAGUCUACAGGCUCUUGUAAACGAAAAAGACCCUGUUUAUUUGAAACACUAACAAUUCCUUCCAAGUCACAAAGUGCAUACCCUAAAAAUUCAGUGUCAUCAGGAAAAUCUAGUGGUUUUGGAGUUUGCAUGUAUGGCACAAAUAUUGGCAGUCGUCUAUUCGGAACACAGAAUCAAUCGUCAGCUAAAACUGAAACAUUGUACAGUGAUACUCUUGUGUCAAAAUCUUCAGCAGGCAUUGCUUCACUGUCAGCACAGAAGGACUACAGUCGCCCAAACGAAACAAAAACUGAGCAACUGGCAACUCCGUCCAUGAGAGGAGGUUCAGGAUACAGUAAAGUAAAUGGAUUCAGUAAUGUAAACGAACACCAGUCCGAAGCAACUACUGCCAGUAAGCAAUCAUGCAUGCCCGGAACAGGAAACACGAACCUUGAUCUCAUACUAUUCCAAAUGGGAAGAAUGAGAAAUCGGAUUUCCAGCAACAUAGUUCAACCAGCAGUAGGUGCUGAGCCAAGUGAUCAAUGGCUCAAGCGCCUACAGCUUAAUACAUCCGAUCCUGAACUUCCUAGUUCCAAGAGAUCAAAACUUGGAGACAGUCCUCCACCUGGAGAAGCAAGUUGCUUGUUUGGCAUGGCACUUCAUUGCGACAAUGAUGAUGCCGAAAUUAUCGGCCGUUUUAAGGAGGACCAGGCAUUGGAUGAAGGGAGUAAACUCCAAGACAACCAAGAAAUACCCCCAGUUCCAGCCAAGAGUAUGGAUCGUUGGGUAGGAAGAUGGUGCCAGGGUGGCACUCCUGCUUUUCAUGGAGACCCAGGUCAGGGAAGGCAAGCAACAAAGCCUGAUCAGGCAUCGGAAAAACUUGGAUGUCAGUUCCCGAGCAUCGCAGCAAUGGCGAUGAUGGGGCGAGCAAUGAACAAGCUUCGGCCGUGUGAGCAUCAGAAGAAGGGCCCUUUCGUGGUGUGGAAGAUAGAGUGAAAAAUGUUUGGGUAUUGUUUGGUAAAAUGUUUGUCUGUUUGUUUGUAGGGUUCACUAACUUCUUUUUCUAGAUUAGAAAAUCUUGAUGGAGUGACUAUUGGAUCAGAAUCAACAUGUUAGAAAAGUGACUUAAAAUAGCUAUUUUUUAAUCACAUUGAAAAUAGACAAUCUGUUUUGUUGUUGUUGUUGUGAUAGAACUUCAUAUCGGUCCCUUUCUUUUCA